GAUAGAAGUUUUUCUAAAUAAUGAAUUAAUUUCAUUUAAAUUAUUUUUUGACAGCCCAUGCUUUAUGAGUGCAGCCAUGAUAGUAUUGCUUAAUACCACGUGAUCAAUAUUGACCAAUAGAAUGCGCCGAAGCGCUGCGCUUGUUGUCCUAUCUAUCCGCCAUUUUCCAGUCGCCAUUGAAGGAGAAAACCCUUCUCAAUGGGUCUACAGUAACGUUUUGGAUUUUGUGGAUUUAAGUAGUUAAUUGGGUGUAUAGUGGCUCUUUAGUUUUAAUUUAAGAUGGAUAAAGCAUGACCAACCCGAAUAACCAAACCAACGGGGCUAGUUUGGAGGAUUGCCACACUAAUUUCUUUGCUCUGACCGACUUAUGUGGGAUCAAGUGGCGUAAAGUGGUAUGGGUUGGAGGAGGUUUAGGAGAAUGGGGCGAGCCUGGAAAUCCCCCUUCGGAUCCCCUCGAGGACCCUGUCCUUUCCUCAUACGUAAAGUGUAUUUCGGCAGAUAUGCUUUGUGUCUGGCGGCGGGUCGUGGCUCCCACCUCUCGUUCCCCUGGAGAUAUGUUCGACCAGCUCGGGCUAACCGGACCGCCUCCUCCUCCUCCUCAAAUGUCCCACCACCCUCCUCUAUCGUUGGCUGCUGCCAAAGAACUUUGGAUAUUUUGGUAUGGUGAAGAACCAGAUCUGUCUUCUCUUGUUGCUCCAGAACUUCUUUCAGCUGAUGGCGAGCAAGGAUCGUGGGAAAGUGGUUUAUCCUAUGAAUGCAGAUCACUACUCUUCAAAGCACUCCACAACCUCAUCGAAAGGUGCUUACUCUCAAGAGAUUUUGUCAGAAUCGGGAAGUGGUACGUUCAGCCCUAUGACAGUUCAGAAAAGAUGUUGGAAAAGAGUGGUCAUUACUCUUUUGCUUUUGACUUCUUUGUCCAUGGAGAAAGUCAGGUCUGUGCUAGUGUGGAUGUAAGACAGCAUCCUCCAAUUCGAACUCUACUGGCUUCUCAUAUUCAACAAGCAGCACUCCAUUCCCAACCUCCUCCUGUCCACGUUAUCCUAGCUCCUUUUGGUCUUGCUGGAACUUUGACUGGUCAGAGCUUUCGGAAUAAUGACCCUCAUACUCAGCGUCUUCUCGAAAACUGGAGGUUAUUUUAUCCAAUUGACCGUGGACCUCACCAUUCUGAUCUUCCAGCAGCUGUUGAAGUUGUUGUUGGUGGGAUGAAGCUUAAGUACCCUUCCCAUUAUGUUCUUUUGACAGACUUAGAUGAUAGCACCCAUAGCCUGUUUAGUAACCAUAACCAGCCCAACCAUCCUCCACCGAUGGUGGCACAACCUCUUACAAGAGGUUUAAAUCGUGUUGGCCUUCUUGCUGAAAGAGUCUGGCAGGAAUCUCUUCUGGUUCACAAUAUGAAUAACUCUAGCAACGGUAGCAUUACUAACAGUAUUAGUGGCACUAAUACUGUUAGUAACAACAAUCCGAGUAACACAGGAAGCAGUGGUGGAACUACAAGUACUCCUAGUGUUCCUAGUGCGCCCCAGGUAGGGGGGCCGCCUCAGGCCAACAACCCUGGUUCGCCACAACAUACACCUGGACAAUGGAACUUCGUCGACCCCAUUAGGAAGCAGACGUGUUCUUGCUCUUGCAAGUUAAAUUGUGGUGCUAGUAUGGGUCAGAAUGAUUCUGUCCCAAUAGCAUCCGUUGGAUCUCCGGGACCACCUGAAUCGCCAGCCGCUAGCGUCCCUCCGCCAACCGACCCGACGAUGCCUCUACUUUCACCUCAGCCUCCACAACAACAUCACAUCACUCAAAGUCCUCUUCUCGACGACAAAGUUGUAUCAACACCUAUUGAUUUCAAUGCACCAAAAUCAGUUCCUUCCAUUUCUAACCAAAUGCUUUCACCUUAUGGAGAAGAGGUAAAGACAACCUUGAGUGAGAGUGGGGGUGGGGGUCCAGGAAGCGUUGGGACUAUCGGUGGGGGCAAGACGACCCCUUUAGCGGCCAGGACCCCUGCACCAGCACCCACCCCACCUCCGCAACCUACCGUUCAGCAACAACCGCCUCCAGCCCCCAAGCGGCCGCUGCUCUCUUCGUCUGAUUAUGAAGAAGCUUUGGCUCAGGAGAUCAGGCCAUCAGACCUCCUAUAUGACUACUCACUUUUAGAUGCUUGGUUAAACCAUCCAGUGAAAAGGUUUAAGCCCUCGCAACCCAGCCAGCCGCCAACACCUCAGCAGACCUUUAUCAAACAAGAGCCCAACCUUCCUAACUCGAAUCCAAUUGAAGAAAAUGGCUACAGUGGUCCAAGAGGCCCUGGAGACCCUUAUGAUUUUAACGAAGAAGGAAUAUCUGGAAUGCAUAUCAAUAGUUUCAAAAGGGUUCCCAUAAAGGAAGAGGAUAAAGGGUUAGUGAAUGGUACUGGUCCCUCACCGAGCAGUCAAGGUAAAAUGGCUUCUGGAAACUUGUUCACAAGUGAAGGACUCCAGGUUACAUACAACGAUCUUGACCAGAUUUUUAAUCAUUCUGAUGACAAUUCUGGUGAUGAAACGAUGAACGUGACACCGCCGAGUUCUAACAAGGGUCCUGAAGAUUGUACUGGUCAAUCGAACGGACAGACCAUCCUUCCUAGUAGCCGCCUAUGCCUCACCAAUGGCCAAGCAGGAAUACUCAGGCCUGAAGAAUUGAGUAAGAUGUUUCCAACUCCUCCAUCCUUAGAACCAUCAUUAGAGCACCCCCUUCUAUCGCCUGGUGAUGAUCAUCCUCAGUCACUCUCUCCCCACCACCAGCCUAUUCAGGACUGGUCUUUUGUGUUCAAACCCUCGCCUAUUAGUAAGUUUGUUGGGUCAAGCAAGUAUGCUCCCCUUACUUCACUGCCAAGCCACAGCCUUCCUCCUGUGACUCUUCCAGCCAACGCUUUGUACAAACCAUCGUGGUCACUACCUCAUCAAGAGAAACAGACCAACCCUCCUUCAGCUAGCCGAGGACUGCCUGCGAAUUCCAGACCUGGAAGUGGAGGACCUAGGACGCCUAGUAUUCCUGCCCUACCUCCUGCCACUCCCACUGGAGCUGCCUCCAGCCCUGCACCAUCUGCACCAUGGGGCAGAGCCCCUCCUCCUCCUUAUUCUCCUGCCCAAUAUCCUCCUCCUGCUCCUGUUCAUCAGCACCAGCCCCCUCCUGAGGCCAAUUCUCUUGUCGUUAUUGUGCUCCUUUCCGACACUGCCUUCAACAUCUUUAGGGAUCACAACUUCGACAGCUGUACACUUUGUGUUUGUAAUGCUGGACCCAAGGUGGUUGGUAACAUUCGUGGCAGCGACGCUGGAAUGUACCUGAUAAGCAGUAAUGGGACACCUUAUUCACCUUUAUCACCAUCACCCCACCUUCCUUUGGAGGAGGAGCAUAUAAGAUGUAACUGUGGUUUCUCCGCAGUAGUCAACCGGCGCCUUUCCCAUCGAGCUGGUCUCUUCAUUGAAGACGAGUUUGAAAUAACUGGUCUACUUGAGGAACCUGUGGAAAAGGAAACUGCUGUGUGUGUUGGACGAGCUGAGAUGGAAUUGAUGGCCGGGCAGUGCCUGGCUGUCAACUCUAGCUCUAACGCUCUUUACCGAGCAGCAACACAAGUGCGACCCGCUACUCCACUUCCACCGCUGAACAUUCUUUCAUUGCGGGACUCUAACCACGUGUCACUUGUAGCUCUGGAGCAGGGUCGGAUUGCAGCUCAACAUUCUCAAUCAAUGUGCAAAAUGGAGGAAAUUAGCAAUUACGGAAGGCCUGGAAGUGGACCAGUCCACAGAUGGGGUUUUCUUCGAGCUAAAGGUCCUCCAUCGAACCAAGACAUUGUACGAGUGAUGAAGCAAUUACAGCCCCUACUCCAAGAAGCCAUCCAGAAGAAGUGCACGACAAGACUAUGGGAAGCACCUACUGUCUCCGGACCUCUGACGUGGAGACAGUUUCAUAGGCUGGCUGGAAGAGGUACUGAUGAUCGUUGUGAGCCUCAACCAAUCCCAUCAUUGCUUAUGGGGAGAGAAAAGGACUGGAUUACUUUAGCCCCUUAUGCUGUUCAUCUUUGGGAGAAGUUAUUGUUGGAACCAUAUUGUUACUCACGGGAUAUAGCCUAUGUUGUUGUUGCACCUGAUAACGAGUUUGUCCUUGCAAGUGUGAGGACUUUCUUUAAGGAGCUGUCCUGCAUGUACGAGGUGUGUCGACUAGGCCGCCAUGUACCUAUCACCAAAGUGCUGAGGGAUGGAAUCUUACGAGUUGGUAAGACAGCUGCUGUGAAGUUGGCUAAGGAACCGUUGGAUGACUGGUUCUCCAACCUCACAGACACCUACCAGGCCAACAUGCUCAAACUUUAUGCUCAGGUGUGCCGCCAUCAUUUAGCUCCACAUUUAUCCCAAGUGCCCCUGGAUAAAACUCUUCUUGAUCCUCCCGAGGGCUCUAACCCAGCUCCUCGAUCAACACUUGGUGCUUCUGAUCAACCCAACACACCGAAGCAAGUGGACCCUCAAGAUGAUGGGAGCGGUAGUGGCAGUGAAUAUACGUUUGGUGGUAGUAGUUGCGGUAACAAUGGCUACAAUAGCUCAAUUGACGAUGAUGGGUCUGACCCACCGAUGAUAGUCGUUUACCUUGUGGAGCCAUUUACUGUCGGAGCUGAUUCACCAGAACUUCAGCGUCUCUCCUGUGUAGGGUUGCUAAAAGCCUUCAAUACUGUGAUAGCCAAUGUACCUGAGAACCUUAGAUCUAAUAUUACCCUGCAGGUUGUUUCACUGGAGAGUAUUCUAGAAUUAGGUAGGAGUGGAGAGACAAAUCGAAGAAUUGAUCAUAUGAGAACACUGGCAAUCUCCGUUUUUUGCCAAGCAAGAAAAACAUUGAUGCAUGGAACCAAUAAUAUUAAGGCUCUAACUGGAUUUGGAACUGCUGCAUCUAAUGAGCUAUUUUUGAAGAGUAAAGAUGAAAAAAAUAGAGCUCCAUACAAAGUAUAUACUCCAGCGUAUAUCCUAGCUAAAAGUAAGGAUAAGCCAUUGAACAAUCCAGCUGGCCCAGAUCCAGAAAGCGGUGUUAGUUCAUCUGACCACUGCUCGGUUCUUUAUGUAUCAUAUUGCCUCUCUGAAGACCAGAGAUGGCUGCUGGCAACUGCUACUGAUGAACAAGGUCUACUUCUUGAGACAGUAUCUAUCAAUGUUCACAUACCCAAUCGGGCUAGGCGGAGGAGGGCGUCGGCAAGAAGGGCAGGUCUUCAGAAAUUAAUGGACUUCAUGCUUGGUGUUAUGAGCCAGUCGGUCACUCCUUGGCGCUUAGUCGUCGGCAGAGUAGGCCGCAUUGGGCAUGGUGAACUCAAGGGUUGGAGUUGGUUACUAAGCCGCAAAUCGUUGUUGAAAGCUUCAAAAAACUUGAAAGACAUCUGUGGCCAAUGUAACCUACUGUAUCCCCACGAUGUGCCAUGCAUCCUUUCAGCUUGCCUGGUUUCCCUGGAACCAGAUUCAGCUCUCCGACUGAUGCCUGACCAGUUCACUCCUGACGAGAGAUUCAGUCAGGCAUCUGUGAAGUGUUCUCUGUCCACACCACAAGAUGUUUCUGCCACUCAUAUUCUUGUUUUUCCGACGUCAGCCACUACCCAGUCCUCACAGACAGCAUUCCAAGAACAGCAUAUCAACGAUCCUGACCUGGGCGAUGAUGAACUUUUUUCGGUAUUGAAUGAUGACAUGGAAGGAAUGUCAGACUUUCACGAUAUAUUCUCUACUUGGCCGGAGGCUGAUGGGACCGGUGGUCCCAGAAGCCCUGAGGGUGCUGGUGGCCCGGGCAGAGGAGGAAGACCUGACUCCCAGAGUCCCACACCUCCGCAGUCGCAUCCACACUCUCCUUAUCAACACUCUAUCGCCAGAACGAGCGGUGAAGGGAGUGAGGAAGUAGGAACUGUAUUGCAGCAACCAUUGGCCCUUGGCUACCUCGUGUCGACCGCUCCGACAGGACGGAUGCCUCGCUGGUUUUGGUCUGCUUGCCCUCACUUGGAGACAGUAACACCACCCUUCCUCAAGAAUGCUCUCCACCUCCAUUCAACUGCUGUAUUGGCUAGUUCUGACGAGCUAUUACAGCAACAGACUGCAGUUGCUGGCCAUGCCUUGGACUCUCAGUAUACCACUGAUGUACUUAGAUAUGUGCUGGAGGGAUAUAACGCACUGUCAUGGCUGGCCCUCGACUCGAACACACACGACCGCCUCUCGUGCCUGCCAGUCCACAUGCAAGUCCUCAUGCAGCUGUACCACAUGACUGCCGCAUUAGCCUAGUCUUAGUACUUAUUCUUGUACCUCCUGAUUUUAUAAAUAUAUAUGUAUAUAUAUAUAUAAUUUAUGUAUGGAUAGACAUACAUAAUAUUUAUAUACUUAUAAUUUAUUUUUUUAACCAACACUUUCAUUUAUUGAACUAGCUGUUUUGUUUUAUACAGUUUUAUGGCCUAAAUGUUAGCUGCCUAUUUGUUGUUUUAUUAAUUUUUAGUUGUUAAUUUUUUUUAAAAGAUAAAUCGAUUGUAAAAUGUAAUUAUAACUGCCUGGCUCAUUUUUCAGCCAUCUCCUUUCCUUUCUUCAACAAUAAGUGAUAUUUCUCACUUCCAUUCCAAUUUUUCAUCUAAUUUUAGUAUGGUUGAGAAAAUUGUAACUACUUUACGAUUGUAUAUAGUUAUAUAUAUAAAUUUGUAAAUAUUUUCCCUACCACCCGAGUAAGAAUUUUCGGUAUUAGGUUUUAUAUUUAAUAUAUUAAGUUAAAUUGUUAUAAUUGAUUUCCCUUCCCAAUUUGUAAAUUAAGUUGUUAUCGAUUCUUUAAAUUAUAUAUAUUUAUAUUGAGUGAAAUAGUGACUCCAUUUAAAUAAAAUUAUAGAUUAAUAUACAUAAAUACAUAGGUACAUAUAUAUAUAUUACAAUUUAAAGAAGUUUUAAAUGUAAAUAUAUUUAUGUAGGAUGAUGUAAUUUUAAUUAAAUCGAAAAAAAAAAUUACUAGAUAAAUUUUACAUUUGUAUUGGUAUAAACCUUGCAUCUGUUAUAUUUACAGCUUAUUUCUGUAAAUGAUGUAUAUAUUUAUAUAUGUAUGAUAAGAAUUAAAUAAAUUAUGAAUUAAUUAUAAAUUGGAACUUAAGGACGUCAUGCUUAAGUGGAUUUCUUCUAUGAACCCGCUUUAAGACCAAGUAGUUCAUUCUAAAGGACUAACAACCAAAGGGUUAAGUAGUUUCUUUCCUAUUGUAAAUUUAUACAUGUACAUAGGCACUAUUAUAUAAUGUAUUGUGUACAUUAUGGACGAAAAGUAUUUUGUAAAUACGUACAACAUGUUAAGAAAGUAACUUAAUGAAUAGUAUUCAGUUGAAGGAUUUAUAAAAAUGUGUAAGUACCAAAGAGCUAAUGAUGCCAAUAAGAUGGUAUCAGCGGCCGUAUUGUUAGUUAUUCAAGAAUAUUCAAGCGUUAUUCUUUUUAUAGAACUCUUUUCAUUUUAGUAUCAUGACGAAAGAUUUGUUCUUUAUAUGUACAUAUAGGCAUGAAGUUUUUAUGAACAAAGUUCCAUUAGAUCAGAUUCAUUUAACAUUUGUAUUAUAAGUAUAAAGAAAUUGUUAUAUGUUAUUUAUUAUGUAGAGUAGGAACAUAUAUUAUAUAUUUGAAGGUAUAACAUAUAUAUUUAUAUGUUGUGCAAAAUGAGGAAAUUGAAGCUCUGGGGGCCACUACCUUAAAAAUAAAAACUCUAAUUGACUAUGUUUGAAACUUGAUGAAGAAAUGGAAAAAAAAAAACAGAAGAAGGCAAUCGGUCAAUUUGGUUGUGGGCACGCAUGAAGUGUCAAUUAACUCUUCUAUAAUCACAUAUCCCCACUCCCAUUUCCAACCCCCUAGUGCUAACCUAUAACUAUUUUUGUACAGUCUCUGGUUGUAGGAUGUGUAUUUGUACAGUCGAUAAAUAAAGAUUCUUUUUUUAAAAAUUGAAAGAUCAUAUUUUUAUUUAUUUCUUUUUUUUAUUAUUAUUCUUUUGUUGAACAACCAUUACCAAUUGUUGUAUUACAAAAAAAGAAAAGAAAAAAAAAGUAUAACUGACUAAUUAUAGAAAGAGAGUACAAAACAUGACUGCUGCAUGUAUCGUUCAAUUAUGUAUGUACAUUUUAUAUUUACUGUUAGUAGAAAAUAUUAGCAUUAUUGAAAAAGGAAAAGUUGUAAAGUUGGUCUUUUAAACAUAUAUAGGAAAAUAUAUUAGCCCAAGAGUGAAAAGGGAAUUAUCAAGGAAAAAAUAUAUUGUUUUUCUUUGUUUAUAUAUUUUAAUUUUUCUAUAGUUUAUCUCCUUUGAAUUGUAAUGUUCUUUUAUUCUGUUUCUUCUAUAGGUCUUUUGUGGUCAAAAUAGUUUUGUUUAUAUUGUUUUUUUGUUUUUUUUACAAAAUUGUGAAACUCAUAGCAGCGGUAUGUAAACAUUCAGAUAUUUUUAAAUAUAUAAUUUUGAAAGAGA